UAACUGAGCUGAGUGUCAGUGUAUUUUUUGUUCAGUCAUUUUGAGGGCAGUAUUGCUUUAUGCUAAUGAUGCUGUCUGUGUCCCACUGCAGGUCUAUGCUCUGCAGACUGUGCCAGUCUGUUAAUACCCAGUUAGGCUAUGGAAGAUGGGGGCCGCAAAGAACUGGGAUUGUCUCAGCUCCUCACAGAUAUUAAGAAGCAUUAUGAAAAGAUUAUACACAGGAAUCGGAUGGAAUUAGACGCUUGUAUCAACACUCAGUUACUGGAAGUCAGUGAUGCAGAGAUGAAUAAGAACGAGGAUUCUCUGCAGGCAGCCCGGGCAGAGCUAAACAAUGCCCGACGUCAAUGGCAAACCCUCCAGCUGGAAAUUGAAUCUCUUCACGCAUUGCAGAAGGGUUUGGAGAAUUCCCUGCAGGUGACCGAGCAGAGGUAUGAGGUACAGCUGAAGAAUCUGGCGUCUGUGAUUCGAGAGAUGGAGGGCGAGUUACACGGUGUGAGGAGAGAUAUCGAACACCAGGUUUGGGAACACGAACUGUUGCUCAACACAAAGAUGAGAUUGGAGAGUGAGAUCGCGAUGUAUCGUAGCCUAUUGGACAGAGAGGAGGACAGACUCUCUGGGGCUACCUCUAGUGGCUGUCAGUCAUCCCUCAGCAGUUUAAGUCAAAAAGACAUGGCCCUCCCUUCGGCUGCAGCCAUCACUAGCCACCUGGAGCAGAGAAUCCAGAUGGUGACAACUCAGGAAAUUCGAGGUCAAAAUGCAGUGGCUGGGAGUUCAAAGGCUCAUGGCAAAAUUCAGUCGGAGAAAGUGGAUGAGGUUAUCAAGGAAUGGGAAUGCUCCUUUUUCAAAGAUAAUCCACACCUUCGGAAGAAAUCUACAUCACUCCGGUUUGAUCUACACCUAGCAGCAACAGAUGAAAGCUGUUCACAGACCAAGCAAGGCAACCUUCCUGAUAUUGAACUCAGGCUGGUAAUGAGAAAGUCAAGCAGCAUUCCAUCUCUGAAAUCAUAAUGCUCAGCAAAGCACAGCAUAACCAGUGUGAUAUACAGCACACACCAAUGUCAAUCUCUACUUGCAGCUGUUGCAUUAUAUUUAUCCGUGUAUAGAUGAGAAUUGGGGAGGGUAGGAGUGUUCUUUAAAUAUUUAUUAAAUUUCUAAAUGAACUAGGGUGCAUGAAAAACCAUCAGUUCAUUAAUCAAAGAGGAUGUUACUCCAAAGCAGAAUACUGUAGAUGCCAAUAACUGGAAAUUUAAACAAAAAUUGUUGGAGAAACUCAGCAGGUCUGUCAGCAUCUGUGGAGAGAGCAAUGUUUCGAGUCCAGUGAACUUAUUGAAAAACUGGUUGUCAAGUUGAAAUGUUAACUCUGUUUCUUUCUCCACAGAAACUGCCAAUUUUGCUGAGUUUUUUCAGAGUUUAUUUUACUUUUAUUCUUUUUUAAUAGCAAAUUGUUAUUCAAUUGAUUGUUUAUCAUGAAGUUUUUUUUAUCCCUGUGGGUAAUGGGACUCUUAAAUUACUUUAUUUCCAAUUAAGAUGCAUUAAGAAAAUUUGAAUUUUACUGCAUCCAACUCAUUUCAUUGUGAUACUCAACAAAUUACUUGGUAUUGAGUUGACUUUUUAAUGAACAUUGGGUUUAAGGACAAGUGUCACCUGAGGUUUCACCAUGAGUGACUCAGUCAAGCUGACACCAGGUUCAAUCCUAGUUAUUAUCGGAGUUAACUUCAUUUUCAGCAGGAGGACAUUUCCACGGCAGCUAAUAAUCAGCUGUGGUCCCUGCUCGUGAGUUUUAUCCACUGACCAUGCCUGUAUAACUGCAUGUGUGUAACCGUCCAGGCAAAACACAACAGUUUAUUAUGCUACUGUUGAUUACAGGGUGUGGGCUGGUAAGCAGGAACUGCAGCAAUGAUCAGCACCACCUUGACUGAAAGGAAAAAGAGAGAUAAGAAAAAUAAAACAACAUGUGUAAUAUAUUCAACAUCGAUAUGCAAAGCCUUAAAUAGCUUACUGUUUUAAUGAUAGUUUGAGAUAAUACUCACAGAUCUAUGGUGAAUGUACUCAGGUAAGUUAACACCUUACCUGUGGAAUGUACCAUUUAACAUUUAUAUAUACACAGAAACAGAAAUUAGAAGUCUGAAGUCAAACUGAGAACGGGACUGUACAGAUUUUGUUAUAUAGAGAUGGCUUUGAGUAUACUGUCAGGUUUACAGAACAAGAAGAUGAUGCUGAGAGGUUGCUUACGGUCUGCCUCAGUUACAGGAUAAUUGCUGCAUAAAUUCAGAAUGGGUUGUUCAGCCUGGUUUGUGUCUGUAGCCAUUUGAUGCAGUGCUUCCAAAACAUCAGUACCUACACCCACGACCAGUUGAAACAAUAGCAAGGAAUAAAAAGGAUCUUUGAAAGUUGCCACUCAGGUGGAUAGAGCUUGUAAGAAGGCCUAUGGUGUAUUAGCGUUUAUUAGCAG